AUGGACGCAAAAUAUAUUCCGUUCAAGGAGAGAAAAACUCAUGCAGUGAGGCUUCAAGAAUCGCGGUCGAUUAAAAAAAGAUAUCCGCUAAAAGUGCCGGUUAUCGUCGAAAGAUUGAAAGGAGAAAAGCAGCUUCCUUUGCUCGAAAAGGUAAAGUUUCUCGUUCCAGAAGAUAUGUGCAUCUCGCAGUUUAUGUUCGUCGUUCGAAGCAGAAUGCUGACUCUAUCGCCUCAGCAGAGUCUUCAUUUCAUCAUCAAUUCAUCUGAAAUUCCAUCGAUGCAACUGACAAUGGGCGAAAUCUAUGGAAGAUAUGCCGAUGAAGAUGGAUUUCGCUAUUUGCGCUAUGCUGCUACUGCCAUGUUCGGUUGA